AGUUAAGGAAACAGGGGUUGUUGAAAGAAUUCUUGGUUUACGUCCUGCGCCUGGCUUCAAAAUUUGGGGUUCAGCAAGGUAUUCGAGAGAAUAACGCCAUGUGCACUGGUUCCAAGAAGAAUCCUACUCAAUCUGGAUUCGUAAUGGAGGGAGCCUACGGAUUAUCUCAAAAUUUUUCUCUUUUGCUUGAGCUGUCGGCCUCAGAUGAUCUAAUUGGAUUCAAGAGAGCUAUUGAGGAAGAAGACCGUGAUAUUGAUGAGCUAGGCUUAUGGUAUGGCAAGAGAAUGGGUUCAAAGAAGAUGGCUUUUGAAGAAAGGACACCCCUUUUGAUUGCUGCCUUGUUUGGUAGCAAGGAUGUUUUAAGUUAUAUCAUUCAAUGCAGUCGUGUUGAUGUCAAUAGGGCUUGUGGGUCAGAUGCUGCAACGGCACUUCACUGUGCUGCUGCUGGUGGGUCUGCUAAUUCCGUUGAGGUUGUCAAGCUCUUGCUUGAUGCUUCUGCUGAUGCUAAUUCUGUUGAUGCUAAUGGGAACCGGCCUGGUGACUUGAUUGCAUUAGCUUAUAAUUCUGCUUUUGGUUCAAGGAAGAAGAUGUUGGAGACUUUGCUAAAAGGCAAUACUAGCGUUGGUGAAGCUGAUGGUUUGCCUGAUCAAGUGGGUAAUGAAGUGGAGGGGCGAGAACAGAUUGAGACUCUAACACCCCAGGUAACCAAAGAAGUGGUUGAGAAGAAAGAGUAUCCAGUUGAUCUUACUCUUCCAGACAUCAAUAAUGGGAUAUACGGAACAGAUGAGUUUAGGAUGUAUAGUUUCAAAGUCAAGCCUUGUUCAAGGGCUUAUUCUCAUGACUGGACAGAGUGUCCCUUUGUUCAUCCUGGGGAGAAUGCCCGGAGGCGUGAUCCUAUGAAGUUUCAUUAUAGCUGUGUCCCAUGCCCUGAAUUUCGGAGGGGAUCUUGCGGGCGGGGCGAUAAUUGUGAAUAUGCACAUGGUAUAUUUGAGUGUUGGCUUCAUCCUGCGCAAUACAGAACACGCCUCUGCAAGGAUGAGGCUAAUUGCACUCGGAGGGUAUGUUUCUUUGCUCACAAGCUUGAGGAGCUUAGGCCAUUGUAUGCUUCAACAGGUUCUGCUAUGCCUUCUCCAAGAUCAUAUUCAGCAGCUAGUGCUUCAUCCCUGGACAUGGAUUCAAUAAGCCAACUCGCUCUUGGUCCUCCAUCUGUCAUGCUACCUCCUUCAUCAACACCACCCUUGACCCCAACUGGUGCCUCUUCUCCCAUGGGUGGCACUAUGUGGCAAAAUCAGCCUAAUAUCACACCACCUACUUUGCAACUUCCUGGCAGUAGGUUGAAAACUGCACUAAGUGCUAGGGAUAUGGAUUUAGACUGGGAAUUACUUGGGCUGGAAAAUCAGCUUAAAUGGCAGCAGCAGCAGCAGCUAAUAAAUGAGAUAUCUGGUCCUUCUUCCUCGUCAAGUUGGAACAACACCUCGUCCACUCCAUCUUUUUUGGCCUCUGCUGACCGAACUGGUGAACUGAAUUGGCUUGGAGUGAAACCCACUAAACUUGAAGAUAUUUUUGGUUCUCUAGAUCCUUCUGUUUUGCCACAAUUACAAGGACUCUUACUCGAUGGUGCAUCCCCUCAGUUGCAGUCUCCAACUGGAAUGAUGCGCCAGAAUAUUAAUCAGCAGUUCCGCUCUAGCUACCCUACCAACGUCUCAUCACCUUCUGUAAGGGCCUCUAGGAUGGAUCCAUCUGCAGCUAAAGCAGCUGCAGUUUUGAGUUCGAGGUCAGCUGCCUUUGCAAAACGGAGCCAGAGCUUUAUUGAGCGAACUGCUGUGAAUCGUCAUUCUGGAUUUUCUUCACCAUCUUCGUCAGCAGCAACCACAAUACAGUCUAGCCUUUCAGACUGGGGCUCCCCUGAUGGCAAAUUGGACUGGAGUAUACAGGGAGAAAAACUGAACAAGCUAAGAAAGUCUGCUUCUUUUGGAUUUCGAACCAGCAACAGCAGUUUUGGUAAUGCUGCAGCUUCCAUGCCACAAACUGCUGAUGAGCCAGACACAUCUUGGAUCCAUUCCCUUGUGAAGGACGCUCCUCUAGACGGGCAGUUUGGUUUUGAGGAGCAGCAGCGUCAUCCUAACACUGGAGUCUCUGAAAUGUCUGCUGCUUGGCUGGAGCAAAUGUUAUGCAUGGAGCAGGAGCAGAUUGUGGCUUAAUCAAAAUUGGCUACGGCCCCACCCACCAUUGUCUCCUAAUUUAACUUGUAAUUAGUUCUCUUUUUGCUAUUUUUCGAAUUUUUUUUGACAAUAAUGAACAAUUCAAAAGUAGAAGGAAAUGGUGAAGGGGAAAGACUUAUAGUUUAUACCAAUAGAGAAAGAUAGUUUCAGCAGGAUGUAAGGUUUCUGCCGAAACAGUUUUUAGGUUCUCAGGAUAAAUUUUUUCCAUUACUUGAGCUGAUCCUCAUCUUUUGAUGAGAGUUCAAUUUUCAUUCCAAGAUUAGUUAUAAACUGUACUUUUAUGUAUUGAAAGCUUAAGUAUUGGAGAACCGUUUAUGCUUAUUUAUUUGUGUUCUGAUUAUAAGGUUGUUUUGUGCUGGAAUCAACGACUGUAGAAGUU